UUACACAAACUCAGCUAAUUGAAAUGAAUGAUAAACGUCGCACCGCUUGGGAUAUCACGGUUGCUUUCUUCAAUCGAACAACCUGUCAUGGACUGGAUCAAGUUACGGAGGCAGGACGACCAAUCAUUGGAAGACUCAUUUGGCUGCUUGUCAUCAUUGGACUUUUUGGAGGAAUGUGUUGGCAGUUAAUUAUCAGUGUUCAAGAAUAUACAUUGUUUGCGACCGAUACCGAACUGCACGAGGAAUUCGAUUCGUACAUCGAUUUCCCUGCAGUUUCAAUUUGUAAUUAUAACAGAUUUUUCAACAUAACUGACCGUGCAGAAUUAGCCGCCGUUGAUGGUUUGAUUAGAACCGCUUCUCCCUUGAAACGAUUAGAUGAUGACGUAGUAUGGGAGCAUGCAAUUCGGGAAUAUUACAAGGAUCUGAGUCACGUUCCACUUCUGAGCAAAGAAGUCGAGAAUAGGGGAUGGCCAUUGAACGAUAAGACGAUUUCAAAAUGCAUGUUUACGCAAAAACCAUGUAGUUAUAAGGAUUUCAAAACAUUUAUUACACCCAUGGGUCGGUGCUUCACUUUUACGUCUAAAAAAAAGAUUAUACAAAGCGUUCCUGGAAGUGGACAUGGAUUGUUAUUAACCUUAGACAUAAUGCAGGACUAUUACUCUGAGCAUCCUGAAUACGGACGCCCUGAGGCGGGAAUAAAAGUUCACGUCCAUGAACACGAUGAAGCUCCCAAAGUUGAAGAAUUUGGAGUAGGAAUUCCCGCUGGACAAAUGGGCCAUUUGAUUGUAAAGAAAGAAGAGAGAAAAUUAAUGUACAAACCAUGGGGAAUCUGCAAUCCAACGCCGAUGAAAAUGCUAUAUAGAAAAGAAUAUACGUUUUCUCAAUGCAUGACGGAGUGCAGAGUUCAAUAUAUUGUGAAAAAGUGCGGAUGUAAACCUUAUUGGUCUCCGAUACAAGAAAGAGCACCUGAGUGCAGCGUUGGGAGAAUCCUUGAUUGUGGCGGCCCUGCUGAAGCGCUUUCUUUGACAUUGACCCCAGCAAAUUGUAGUUGCGACCAAGCAUGUAAUUCUGUACGUUAUGAGCAUAGAUUAUCUUACGCAACAUUUCCUGGGAUUGAAGUCGGUGAAAAAUUGUCGAAAGAGCUUCAUGAAUCUGAGAAUAAAAAGGAGAUUACUGACUUCAAGAAUAUAGACGUUAAAACUUUGUUGAUAGGACAAAAGUUGAAUUUAACGGAAUUAGAUCCAUAUCGACUAAAGUUGAGCCAAUACAGGGAAAACCACCUCAUGCUGGACGUUUAUUUCGAAAGUCUAUCAUUCACAAAAAUAUCCCAGUCGAAGAAAGUCACUGAAAUCAGUUUAGCAGGUGACAUCGGUGGGUUACUAGGUCUUUGGCUUGGAAUCAGCGUCGUUACUGUUGGCGAAUUCGUACAAUUUUUUGCUCAGUUGUGCUCAAAUCAUUGCGAUUCUGACGAUGACGAAGAAUCAUGUUCCUCAUCCGCCUCUGGGUACUCUCUGGAACGGAAAAACAGAAUCACUCCAGUUAUUGUAACGGUAGAUUGUUCACCAAACUCACCUUCAAAUUAUGACGAGCCUCCGUAUUCACCGGAAUCACGCAAUAGUCUUAGUGUAUAUAGUAUUUAUGACAUAUAAUAUGAACAAUUAUGCUUUUUACCGAUGACCUUAUGGAUGUUUCCCGGAUCCUUAAUCUCAGGAAAAUUCUUACUGCACUUUUCCAUUGCAGUACUUUUUAUGCCCAUUUGAGAGUGUUUUUGAAAGCUGACGCUUAUAAACUGGCUUACUUAUUUCAUAACCUUCAUAUUGACUUGAAAUAUUUAACUCAACUGCCAUUUACAAGUACUGUGAUUGUUAUUAAAUUUAGUCUGGUUUAUCGCAUGUCUUUUAGGAACUAAUUUUUGAUUUGGGAAACUAAACUAUACAACUCUCCCGAAAACAACAUGGACAUUGAAACCAUCUGAUUUAUACUUAUCUUACGUUACCUUUCGGCUCUAACUGAUUAGCCAAUGUUACGGAAAUAAUCAAGGAAGUGUAUGCUCGAAGAAACAAUCAUUAUAUUCGGUUCCAUUACAUUUGAACCCACGUACAUUUGAACCCAUGACAAUUGCACCUGUAUGCUAUUGCACCUAUGGAAAUUUUUUUUGUUUCACGGAUAGUUA